AUGGAAUCAUUUACAGAGGACCAUUCCAAGGCCCUUCUCGCCAAAGAAUGGCUGGUUAAAGUUGACUCGCAGACUUCCACGCCUUAUCUCUUUAAAUUUGCCUGCUCUUCAGUCGAUCUGACGGCUUGCAUACUCGUCACUGACACCAAGACCGCGUUGGCCGAGGUUCUAACGAGCAACCAAUUUGCCCGGCGGUGGCGCAUGUGUAACAAGCUCUCCAUUUCUCCUCUCCCGGAUCCGGAUGAAGAAGAAUCUUGGCGAGACCGUCACCUAACGCUCCUAAGCCGCGCGCACUCACUCGGUGGCUUUCAAGAGCUCACUUUGGAUGCAGGAAAACCUACCUUGGGGGAUCUGGCGCUCGAGCUGGAAUGCAAUAACUGGAAGUGGCGGUGGGAACCCACCUUUCUCGGGCCCAAAGUUUCCGCAGAAAUCUUAUCAAAGCACCUCAUCAUGCCCCUGAUAAGCGUCAAUCACCUUGCAUUCUCGUCCUCCGAUGUCUUGGGUGAUCUUGCGCCGGGGGACCUCGAGAAGGCAACGGAUAAAGUUGGACGUACUGCGAGGAGGACGGUCGACACACAUAUUAAAAACGCGCUAUCGAAGCCACGCGUGGCAACGACCCUUCGGCGUAUGACGGCCAUGUUCAACUUCUUACCUGAACUUCCUGAAAUAAUCACUGACGCGGGCACUCCCGACCUUCGCGUGCCCACGGCAGAAAUUCGGUCACCCAAAAUAACGGCCCAAGAUUCAGAGCACAAACCAAAUGAUUACGACAUGGAGCCUUCGCAAGAGCCCACACCGCCUAAAAUACCACAGCAGGAGGAUUCUGCUACUGAGUCUGAAGAUGAAGGGGCUGCGCCAAAACAGCGGACCCUGCUCGCCUCUCCCACCCCCAGCCAUCACCACCGCGUCUCAGGGCAGCCACCUUCGGCUAGCCUGUCUAAGGACGCCUCCCCAGCCCUGCCCGGCCGCAGCCGCAGUCGGACAGAAGUCCCCGCAUCAGAGUCCGACUCCUCGCUGCGUCCAAAUAAGAAGCUUAAGCAUCCUGAGAGUUCAGAUAAUGGCGACAGCGAGGAAGAACGCAAAAAACGCGCAGCAGCAAUCAAGAGCGGAGCUGCCGCUAAGCGAGGGACGAGACAGCCGCUGAAACGAGGCGGCAAGCGUUUCUAG